AUGGGACCCGAAUAUGACUACUUGUUCAAACUGCUUCUAAUUGGAGACUCUGGAGUUGGCAAGUCAUGUCUUCUUUUGAGAUUUGCUGAUGACUCGUACCUUGACAGUUACAUCAGCACAAUUGGUGUAGACUUUAAAAUUCGAACCGUGGAGCAAGAUGGAAAGACUAUUAAACUUCAGAUUUGGGAUACUGCUGGACAAGAACGAUUCAGAACUAUAACUAGUAGCUACUACCGUGGAGCUCAUGGUAUUAUAAUAGUGUACGAUGUAACAGACCAGGAGAGCUUUAACAAUGUAAAGCAGUGGCUGAAUGAGAUUGAUCGAUAUGCUAGUGAAAAUGUAAACAAGCUUCUCGUAGGAAACAAGUGUGACCUUGCUGAUAACAGAGCUGUGUCGUAUGAUACAGCAAAGGCCUUUGCGGAUGAAAUUGGCAUCCCAUUUAUGGAGACAAGUGCAAAGAAUGCCACCAAUGUUGAGCAGGCUUUUAUGGCUAUGGCUGCUGACAUCAAGAACAGGAUGGCUAGCCAGCCUGCAUUGAACAACACGAGGCCACCUACCGUGCAGAUUCGAGGACAGCCUGUUGCCCAGAAGAGUGGAUGCUGCUCUUCUUAA